CCAAUUUAUAAUGAAACAAAUAAACUGGAGUUGAAUACAAACAGAGCAACCCAAACAUUUGAACCAGUGAUUAAUACAAACAAUGUGUUUGUUAACAAAGUGAUAUCAUCAGUCAAAAUGCCUUUCCCUCUUGCUAGUGUAAAUGGCGCCAAUAAAGAUUACGUCUGCUUUAACAACAACAACAUCAACAGCUUCAAAAGUAACAACAAGUUGAAUUCAAUUAAUAAAAGUGUUUUCUUAUCUAAUAAUCCCAAUUUAAUUAAACAAACGGUUCCAACAGUCGACAAUCAAAGGCCAAUAUCUGGUUCAACCAACAAAGUCUCUAAACUGGUUCGCAAUGAUUGGGUAACAGCACCAGUUACUGAUGUACAACCAAUGGAAUCUUUUGGUGGGGAAUACAAGUUGACCAGAAAAGAAGCCAAUAGUUCAUUAUGUACCAGACGUAUAAUGAUUUUACAUGACAAUUUACAAUUUGAUGAAGCCUCCAAAUUCAUCGAAAAAUUGUCUCAGUCAACUUUCGCUAAAGUUAUCAAAGAGCUUUCUAUAGGAUCUUUAAUGGCUACCUUUCCAGGAUCAGUGAAGAUAUUGGAAAUGAUCUACUCUCGGUUUGAUACGCUCGAUCAACAACUACAAGCUGAUAUACCAUUCAAUGAGCUGUUACAGCCGGAAAGAUUUGUGAUUAAUUUAGUUAAACUCUUUGCCCUUCAAAAGCCAAUGAAACCCAAUGGGAAAGGAUCUAGUAGGUUAAACAAGAAUUCAUUUCCUGCGAUGAGAGAAAAAUUUGACUCUAAUCAUCCCGUCAUCAUUUCAUCAAAAAAGAUACUCAAAAUCAUUAUGACCUAUCAACCAUUGACACGUAAAGACUUGGCAACUCGUAAAGCAUCACUGGAUGAAGCUCUUCAAGGCUUAAGUAAUCAUGGUUUGGUUGGUGCUGUUGACCAGUCAUUAACUAGUUUACAUGAUGCUCUCCGCCUUGAAAUUAUUUCCGUAAUUGACCAUUAUAAAGAUAUUUUACUCCGAUUAGAGAAUCUUAAAGAACCAAGCAAUCAAUCAAAAAGGACCGCAAUACUUAGAUCAAUUUCCAGAGCAACUUCAUUAACCUCAGCUGCAAGAUUAAAUUCCGUUAAUAAUUGUGGUGGAAAUAAUGGAAACAAUAUUAAUGGUGUACAGAAUAGUGUUAAUUGUAAUAACACCUUAAAUCAAAAGUCAGCAAGUCUCAAAUUGGAAGAGCUUCAAGAUCGUCUCAUUCAAAAUCAAGUUCUUCUUAAUGCUGUCGAGCCAAUUACAGCUUGUAAUCAAUCUCUUCAAGAAUUAUUAUUAACCCUUCAACAAAGAAUCAACUAUGAUAAACAAGUUUUGUCCCAAUUUAAUCAGCUUCGAAAAGAGUUUAAUACCAAAAGACCUCGAACUUCAGGAUCAAAUGAUUCCGUUUCCUCCAUCUUACCAGUUUUAACCAUAUUUGCUUAUGGUUACAAUCAAGUACUCAAUUUAAUCAAUGAAAUUGUCCCACCAAAUGAAACAAUAAAUUCAGAUGAGGAUUCAAUCGAUUCAACAACCAAAGUAACUGAGCAAUUCGAAAGCACCAACAAGGAUUCAAAUCUUAAAUCUGAACUAAAACCUGAUUCUGGUAAAAAGCAAGAUGAUAAGAGUGAUAAUUCAGAUUAUCACAGUGGAUCUGAACCAGCUAGUCCAAAUAACGACCAUUAUUUCACUAUUAGUUGUCAUAAAGCGGAAAAAUAUGAUACGAUAAUCCACCGGUCAGAUUAUCGGAAGAACCGUAAAACAAUCUCAAGUCUAUUUAAUGAUAAAUCAACAACUGAUUCUUUAUCACCGUCAUCUUCAUCUUCAACCUCAUCUUCAGUUUCAUCACCAGUGCAUUCAACAGGAACCUUUCCAGCAUCAUCUUCAACCUCAUCUUCAAACUCAUCAACAUCAUCAUCUGAACCUUCCUCACCAAAAGAUGCCUCCAAUUCAGUAGCUAAUUAUGGGUCAGCACAAAAUGAUUAUAAUUUUCUCAACCAACAAAACAAUCAUGACUGUCUAAUAUCAAUGAAUGGUGAUGUUAAUUUAUUGAAAAGCAAGCUAAUUGAAGCAACACAAAUGAUUAACGAGAUGAAGGAACGAGAACAACGAUUGAAGGAUAGAUUAGCUGAUCAAGCUCAAAAAAUGCUUUCAAAAGGAUUUAAAUUUGAAAACCUUUGUUUCAAUGAAAAACGACCUACGGCAUUGAUUCGCCGGUAUGGUAAUCUGUAUGCUCAGGCCAGAGUCGAUACACUGGAUGCUUUAGACAAUCUAAAUGCUCUUAAAAAUGCGGAUGAUCUUAAAGCUAAAUUGUUAUUUUCCCUGGUUGUGCUUUCGUUUUGUUCAGUUGAGCAAACAUUGUUCAGAAUGAAGCAACAAAUCAAAAAAGUACUCAAAAUCACGGAAUCAGCCAAAAGUCAAACGAUAUCAGCCGCGAUCGAUGAGAUUGACACUGCAGUAUCGUCUUACCUUCGAGUGACUGUCGAUUCUUUUGAUCCAAGAAACAAUGUUGAAGAGGUUCUAGGUCAAAUUUGUGCCACAUUGUAUGAUUAUCCUUGUUUACGUAGCUGUGAUGGUUUAUUAUUGUACAUUAAAGAUUGUAUCACUCUUGCCUGGACCUUGACCAUCCAAAGUACACCUUUUGUUAUUGAAUAUGGAUCUAGAACUUAUGAUAAAGAUCUACACAUUCGUUUUCAUACCUCAGACCAAUCUUCAAAUACCAUUCGGAGCUACUUAUGGCCAUCUCUAUUGGAAGGUCCUAAUGGACCUUGCGUCCAUAAAGGAGUUGUCAUCACCUAAUCUAAACAAUUAAACUAGGAUUUACUGGAACAUCUUCAGCAACCAAUGACUUGUCACAUUGAUUGUUGAUUUAACUUGCUGUAAAUGUUGACAUUGUUUUCUUAGCCAACCCAACCAAUAUAAGAGUAAACAUGUUUCAUGUCACUCAAAUUAACAGUGAUAUUUUGAUUGACCCGAUCUAACCAAAACUCAAAGAUUUCCAGUUCAUACAAUUCAUUAUUGUAAUUUACUCAACGGUUGUUCAAUUGUAUCACUGUUAUUUAUUUCCAACCUCAACUCAAACACUAUACGAUAUCAAUCUUAUAAUGUUUGAAUGGUUUAGAUUUAGUGCAUUAUAAAAAUGAUUGGUCAUUGAUUGUUCACAUUGUAGCUGAAUCAAGUCGAUUCACUUGGAUAUGAACAAGAUUAUAUCACACAAAAAUGCUAUUAGACCAAUGUUUAAAUUGUUUGCAAUGUCAACAACACAAUGGCAUAAGAUGAUGGAAAAGGAUUGAACUCGGAAAGGUGAAAAUUGUGAUACCGAUGAUUGAAUCUUGCGCAUUUAUCUUCUUUUUUGUCCAAAUAUUUUUUCUUACUACAUUCAUUUGCCAUUCAACUAUUGAACAAGGUUAUUCCCAAAGACUUUGCUUUGUUACAAAAGAGCAGUUUUUGCAGGCAAAGUUGACAAUCAAACCAAUUAAUGGCUCAUCUUUGCAUACAAAGUUAUUACAAAUGUAUAUUGUAACUAUUUAUAUAAAGUAAAAAUUGAUUCAAUAUUACCAAGUGAUUUAUGGUGAUUGAAUGUUUGUAUCAGUUAAGUCACAAUAAAUAUUUGUCAAAUA